UAGUAACUAGUCGGUUUAUAAAUAUUGCCGGAGGGUUUUUGUAGGGGUUUUUCACAAGGGUUACAUAAAAAACCUUUCAAUUUCACAUAUAAUUUUGUUAAGUGUAUCUGUAAAGGAGUGGUAGAGAUACGAAGUUGAAAAAUGGGUUCUUUGAGAAAAGGAACACAAAGGGUAUUGCUAUUGCAUGAAGAAGAGGAAGGAGAAGAAGAACCAAUCUUGAAAGAACAACCCCAAAAGUACUGCACUUUUCCUAUUACAUACCCACAACUUUGGGAAAUGUACAAGAAAGCACAAGCCGGUUUCUGGACUGCUGAGGAGGUAGACCUGUCUCAGGAUUUGCAGCAAUGGGAAGGCUUAUCUGAAUCUGAAAAGCACUUCAUCAGUCAUGUUUUGGCAUUUUUUGCCGCAUCAGAUGGAAUUGUUUUGGAAAAUUUGGCUGCUAGGUUUCUGAAUGAUGUGCAAAUUCAAGAGGUAAAGUUGCUGCCAUGUGACCAGGAGGUCACGGGUUCAAGCAUUGGAAACAGCCUCUGGCAGAAAUGCAAGGCACGCGCAUUUUAUGGUUUUCAAAUUGCAAUGGAAAAUAUUCACUCGGAGAUGUACAGCUUGCUUCUGGAGACUUAUAUCAAGGACUCAAGGCAGAAAAAUAAGCUUUUUAAUGCAAUUGAAAGCAUUCCUUGCGUCUCACAAAAGGCCAAGUGGGCUUUGAAUUGGAUACAGAGUUCCAGCUCAUUUGCUGAGAGGCUCGUAGCUUUUGCAUGUGUUGAAGGAAUUUUCUUUUCAGGAAGCUUUUGUGCUAUCUUUUGGCUGAAAAAGAGAGGUUUGAUGCCAGGAUUGACUUUUUCAAAUGAGCUCAUUUCUAGGGAUGAGGGUCUCCAUUGUGACUUUGCUUGCCUUCUAUAUAGUUUUAUCCGAAAGCAAUUGACUAGGCAAAAGGUUCAUCAAAUUGUGAGUGAAGCUGUCGAAAUUGAAACUGAAUUUGUCUGUGAUGCUCUUCCCUGUGCAUUGAUUGGCAUGAAUGCAGAACUAAUGAGCCGGUACAUAAAGUUUGUUGCCGAUCGCCUCCUGGUUGCCUUAGGGUAUGCCAAGAAGUAUAAUGUUGAAAACCCCUUUGAUUGGAUGGAGUUUAUUUCGCUUCAGGGCAAAGCCAACUUCUUUGAGAGAAGAGUUGGUGACUAUCAAAAGGCUUCUGUGAUGUCAAGCUUGCAAGACAAUGGCAAGAAUUUUGAGUUCAAACUGGAUGAAGACUUUUAGAGUUUUUCCCCUUUUGUUGUGCCCUCAGUAAGAGUUUUUAUUUCCUCUAGCAUCACCUUGAUGCUGAAAGAUGGCAUCGUUUUGUGGUAUUAUUCAUUAAGGAUCAUAUUGUUUAUAGUCCAUACCUUUUACUAAUCACUUUUAGAAGGGUAAUUGAUUGCCUUCAUGUGAAGAAAAAGUUAAGUGUAUUUGUCAAACCUGAUAAUUUUUGUAGUUAUGAUUAUUGGGUAGACUUUGAAAACUAUGUGAAAUUAGUUGGCCAUUCACUUGUUGCCUAGUAGGGAUAAAGCUAUUGAAAAUCAUCUUUAGGUGGAUUGGCUCAAUCAUCAUUAUGUUUUCA